UUUGCACGGAAUUCAAAUUUUGAUGAUAAUUUUGCGCGAUUAUUAUUAUAUACUAAUUAUGUAUGGAGAAAUGCUAAAGAAUCUGAUAUUUUACAACAAGUUCGAUUUAGUAAAGAUAAGGAAAUUGUGUUUGUUGAUAAAAAAGUUCUAAAAAUGUUACACAAUAUUCUUAAUAAUUUUUUUAGAACGGAUCAGGAAAUUCAAAUAUCUUUAUGCGAUAUUUUUUUUAAAAAUAAUUUUUUUAAGGAUGGAAGUAAUUAUAAAGUAUAUGCAGAUCCUGCUGAGAUAUUUAUAAUACAAAAUAAUGUUGAUUACUUUCAAAACAUUUUUGAUUCCUUGAAAUAUAGAUUUGAUGAAGAGACGCAAAAUCUAUUAAAAAACAAAAAUAUUAUACUGUCAGGCGGAGUGCCUGCUUCUCUAAUCGAGUUUAUUGGUGCUAAACUUGUUGCUUUUGCUAUGGAAAGUAAUUUAUCAACAUCUGAAUAA